GGGUCGAGGUGUGGGAACCCUGGGAGUGAGGCAGGCAAGAUGGCCGCCGCCGCCGGCACUGACAAGGCUCUUUCGCUCCUCAGGCGGCUACCACGGGUCUCCCUCGGCAAUUUAAAACCAAAUCCUGGUGCUCAUAAACAGAAAAGUCGAGGACGGGGCAUAUAUGGUGGCAAGACCCACGGAGCUGGCUGCAAAGGUUCUGGGCAAAGGCAAAAUUUUUUGCGGCUUGGCUACGAGACUGGAAACAAUCCAUUUUAUUUACGCUUCCCAGUUCAAAAUUACUACAAAGGACACCAUCUGAAGUUGUCUUAUGUACCACUCUGCAUGGGAAGGCUACAGAGGUUGAUUGACACUAAUCGCUUACGCGGUGACAUACCAGUUGAUGUGACGCAACUUGUGGCCACCGGGUUAUUCACAGUCCGUCCACUAGAGAGGGAGGGAGGCUUCAUGCUGGAAGAUGAGGGGAUUGACCAUUUUAAAGCCACAUUAAAUAUAGAAGUACAAUGGGCAAGUGAAGCAGUGAUAGCAUCAGUGGAACGUAAUGGAGGGGUCAUAACCACAGCUUACUAUGAUCCACUUACUCUCGCAGCUGCCAUUAAACCAGUGGAAUUCUUUAAGAGAGGUGUCGCCAUACCGCGCCGCAUGCUUCCUCCUCAACAUCUGAUAGAUUACUACUCUGAUCCCCAAAAUCGAGGAUAUCUAGCUGACCCAGCUGAGAUAGCCAAGGAAAGGUUUCUUCUGGCACAGAAAUAUGGUUACGAGUUGCCGGAUGUUAAUGCAUCACCAAAUAAAGAUAUUCUGCUGGAACGAAAGGAUCCCCGUCAAAUAUUUUAUGGUUUGGAACCAGGAUGGGUUGUCAGUUUGAAGGACAAGGUUAUUCUCAAACCUACAGAUCCUGAACUCAAAGAAUAUUUUGUAUCAUAAUACUGUAUGUACUGUAUAUACAAUUAUAUUAGGAGGUGCUUCUCAUGCAUCAAUAAAAGUUCAACUUUUCUUCAAUGUAUAAAGAUGGUAUACCUUUGGUUGUAAGUCUCAUUUUAAAGCUUGUCAACUUAAAAAGGCAGUCAAUUCCCAGUGCUGUUUUUGCAAUCUGACAGUGACUAUUGUUUUUGUGUGGAAGAGGCUACUGUUUAUUUCAUUCACUUCUCCAACUGAGAAUAAUUAAUUGGAGUUAAAUAAAAGUAUCAAGCUGA